AUGUCUGCCGUUCAGCCUGUUGCUGUCUACGCCCUCCGGUUCCGCGUGAGCAUGGCUGCCAUUGAUCCGGAUGAGGAGCCCGAGUACGAGGACGGAGACUCGAGCAAGCCCGCCCGUGCGACUCUGAAGAUCAUUCGCCCUCCUCCUGGUAUGGACCUGGACGACUCGGAUGAGGACGAUGAGGACUACGAUGAUGACGAUGAGGAGGAGGAUGACGACUCCGACGAUGAUGAGGAGGUCAACGGUGGCCCCAGCGACAAGGAGAAGGCUCGGAAACUCAAGGAGGCGGCCGCUCUGAAGGACCUGGAGGACGCGAUGGAGGAGGAUGACGACGAAGACGAGGAUGACUCCGGCUUCGACCUCAAGGCUGCGAUCUCCAAGCUCAUUAAGGGCAAAGGUCCCGCUACUGGUGAUGACGACGAGGAGGACGACGACGAGUCGGACGAGAGCCUGGACCUGGACGAGAAUGUUAUCUGCACCCUGAACCCCGAGCAGAACUGCCAGCAACCCCUCGACAUCACUGUCUGCGAGGGCGAGCGCGUUUUCUUCAAGGUCUCUGGUAACCACACCAUCUUUUUGACCGGCAACUAUGUCAUUGGCCUCGAUGAGGCCCAUCCGGAUUUCGACGAGGACGAGGAUGAUGAGGACGACUAUGACCUGUCUCCCGAUGAGGAUGAGCUCGACAUUGAGGACCUCUACGAUAUGGAGGGCGACAGCGAUGACCUCGAUGGACUGGAUGACCCGCGGAUCGCGGAGGUCGACAGCGACGAGGAGACUCCCCAGCUUGUUGAAGCCCCAACCAAGGGCAAGAACAAGCGUGCCGCCGAGUCGGACGAGGAGCCCAACCUGGAUGACAUGAUCGCCAAGGGCAAGAAGGCCAAGGCCGAGGAGCCGGCUUUGACCAAGGCUCAGCAGAAGAAGCUGAAGAAGAACAACGGCGAUGCCGCUCCUGUGGAGAGCAAGAAAGAGACCAAGAAGGAGACUAAGACCGACAAGAAGGUUCAAUUCGCGAAGAACCUGGAGCAGGGUCCUACCCCGUCGGGUGACAAGCCCACGGGCACCCUCGGCGUGAAGGAGGUCAAGGGCGUUAAGAUAGAUGAUAAGAAGCUCGGUAAGGGUGCUGCCGCCAAGCAUGGCAACACCGUUGCUAUGCGGUACAUCGGCAAGCUGGAGGAUGGCAAGGUCUUUGAUGCCAACAAGAAGGGCAAGCCGUUCACCUUCAAGCUCGGCAAGGGCGAGGUGAUCAAGGGCUGGGACAUCGGCGUUGCUGGCAUGGCUGUCGGUGGCGAGCGUCGCCUCACGGUCCCUGCCAACUUGGCCUACGGCAAGAAGGCGCUGCCGGGCAUCCCGGCCAACUCCAAGUUGAUCUUCGACGUGAAGCUGCUCGAGAUCAAAUAG